CCCAUGGGAACCCUGGGAGCUCGUGAGGGGAACAUGUAGGGCUCCGUUCACACGGGCUAUUGGGUUUCGGAUUCCGCAUCGUCCUCGGCGGGCGGUAGAACCAUGCUCGUUCCGCUUUGUCGAAGCUUGUUUUGCGAGCUUCGCUGUCGUGGUGAUCUGUCGCGGCCUUAAUGAUCUAUGCGUUGCAGCUCGCAGGCAAAGUAACGUUACCUGAUUGGUCUCGGGAUUUGACGAAAUUUUCGUCGGAUGUGAUUUGAGGGUGGUUGCGUUGUUGCCGAGGUUUGAUUUGGAUUACUUUGGAUUAACGAGGUCGUGAGAAAUCACGAUCCUGUGCCAUUUCUAGCCAUGUCUAGUCGGCAACUGCUGCCGCGAUUGCUGCAGCGUGCUUCUCGGUUGGUGACCGCAAAUACCACGUCGCAUAUUGCGCAUCGUAACCUGAUCCCAGCUAGGGCCUCUCUACCUCAUCAAUAUGAGCCGCCCACCUUCGUGUCUGUGUUAGGAAGCAGAACCUUGUCUACAUGUAGCUUGUUUCCAAGUUCGGCGCGUGUCUUAGUUCCUGGGUCGAGAAAUGGACUUCAGUUGGCUACAAGGGAAGUUGGAUUUACUCCUGCCGACCAUACUUAUGCCCAGCAGAGACGUACAUUAACCAAACUGAAGAAGACCAAGAUCAAAGCGUACUCGUCGUAUAAGAAGCGGUUCAGAGGAAUGGCGAAUGGCGAGUAUAAACGAUGGAGGUCCGGCAAACAGCACAAUGCACAUUCGAAGACCAACAAACAAAAGCGACAGCUUCGACGGCCAUCAAUUGCUCCUCUUGCUCUUGCUAAAGUUAUGAAGAAGCUCAAUUUCAUGGGUUGAAAGAACUUUUGGUUCGCAGUAGUUGGCCUAUUUUCAGCAAUCAGAGGCUGUUGAAAGACAGACACCUUGCUGGCAUUGCUGUCGGGUGAAUUCACGCUGCUGCUAGUGCCAGCAUUUUAGUUGCAUGAAGUGUGAUGUCUUUAUGGCAGACUUUUAUACUCAUGGAUAAUUGAACAGUAUUUCUCCCACUUUUGAGAAAACUUACCUACAGACUGAUUGAAUUUA